AUGUCGGUUGUGCUAGACACCACUUCGUCCCGGCUCUUUCAGAUUACACGCGAUGUAUUCCAGUCCCGCUGCCAGCAGCUCAUUGAUGACAUCCUGUACAAUGGCUUGUCGCUAGAGGAUGAGCUUGCUGGUAGGGUAGGUCAACUUCAUCGGUCAUUGGAACAGCUUGAACGAGCCGGACAUAUGAUGGCCAUUGAUUGUCAGACCAAUGAGCUUGUGCGUGUUGUACCUAUUGGAUUUUUCACUGUCCUUAUCGACCGCCCCGGACAGAGCCCAAUGUCCGAGUUUGAUUGGGCCUGCAUUUAUACUGCUGACACUUUGAACAUGCUGACCGGAGACUUUAUGCGCUACAGAUCUCCCGAUGAUGUUGCUCGCAACAUCGAGACUCAGUUAUUCCUCUGGGAUUUAGCUGUGCCCUUCCCUGUAACGAUUUCCCAGGCUGAGGAUACCGCCCCCGCACUAUAUGUGAAUGCUCUUCAGAUCCCUCUAGCGGAUCGUUUUGCUCGUAUGAACUCUCGGAUUCCGGCGAGGCCUCGCCCUCCUCCUCCAGUCGACACUUAUUUGGCUUACAACCGGCCCAUUCCUGGUCCUUACACUCCUGCGUUGCCUCCACGACCUGUUCCUGAGUUCGAUCCUGAGUCUGAGCCUGAGUCACCUCCAGCUUCUAAGAUUGGGGGUCUUUAUAUGAGACCUAGCAUACAGCCACGGUAA